CAAACAAAUUCACAGGCAACAUUACACAAACAGAUAGAGAAGAAACAAUCUGACAACCAAAAAAACCAUGAAGAAGGCAUUACUAAUUCUAAACUGCAUCCUAUUAUCAGUAGGAUACAGUUCAGGUCCUCUAUUACUCCGUCUCUACUUCAUCCAUGGCGGCAACCGUCUCUGGCUCACAACCUUUCUUCAAACAGUUGGUUUCCUUCUUACUUUGUUUCCACUCAUCAUAACCUUCUUUCAGCGCCGCAAAACCCAGUUCUCCACCGGGCUUUUCCUUAUUAAACCUCGCUUAUUCAUCUCCGCCGCGGCCAUAGGCCUCCUAGCGGGCCUUGACAACUAUCUAUACUCGUAUGGGAGUGCGCGUCUACCAGUGUCAACGUCUUCUCUUAUAGUUGCAACCCAGUUGGUUUUCACAGCUGGGUUUGCUUUUCUGUUGGUGAAACAGAAAUUUACGGCGUAUUCGAUUAAUAGUAUCGUUUUGUUGACGGUUGGAGCGGCUGCUUUGGCUAUGGGUUCCAGCAGUGAUCGGCCGGAAGGCGUGUCGAAGAGAGAAUACAUGUUGGGAUUUUUGUUAACAUUAUUGGCUACGGGUUUGUGUGGGUUUAUGUUACCAUUGGUCGAGUUGAGUUACAAGAAAGCUAAGCAGGAAAUGAGUUACACUGUUGCGGUGGAGUUUCAGAUGGUCAUGGGUUUGUUUGCGACUGUUUUGUGCACUGUUGGGAUGCUCAUUAACAAUGAUUUCCAGGUGAUUCCCAGAGAAGCUGGAGACUUUGACCUUGGGAAAGCCAAGUAUUAUGUGGUUUUGGUGUCAAUGGCGAUCAUAUUCCAGAUAUCGUUCUUGGGAUCAAUAGGAGUUAUCUUUGGUGCAUCCUCUCUGCUGUCUGCUAUCAUAAUAGCAGUUACUCUACCAGUGACAGAGAUCCUAGCAGUCAUUUUCUUCGACGAGAAAUUUCAAGCCAAAAAGGGAGUUUCCCUUGCACUCUCUCUUUGGGGCUUUGUUUCAUACUUUUAUGGUGAGAUUAAACAAAACCAGAACAAUAACCAUACUGACUCACAGAGAGAGUUGUCUCUACCCGCAGCCAAUCCUUCAACUCCCACUGGUGUAAAUGUUUGAAAACGAAAAUGGUUAACUUCCAUUAAAUUUUCAUACAUAAUUGUCCAUAACUGAUGUGGCAAGCAACAUCAGCUCUCCAGCAUGUCAAUUUUAGAAGUCUUAAUUUUAUUAGAAUUGUAUUUCUCUCUCCAAUCUAUCUCUUUAUUCUCUCUACCCCUCUCCCUCCCUCUAUCUCUAUCCUCUCCAUCACUCCCUCUGCACAGCUUUUCUCUCUCUCUCUCUCUCUCCUCCAGUCUCUCUCUCUCUCCCCACUCUUUUCGUUGCAGAAACACCAUUGUUCGAUUUCUCCAUUGUUUGGCCCAUGACAACUACAUUUGAGUAGAUUCGGUAUGGUGGGCUCAGAUCUGGGCUAUUUAUGAGAGAUUUUAGCUCCAGCCCUCCUCAUGAGUUUGUCCCAGUCUGUCGAACAAGGGAACCUGUAGCAGGAACCUAAACAAGACCUUAUUCAGUCUCUCUCGUACAUUUGUUGUUGUGUUUCUGAUAGUUGAAGCAAAUAAUGUAAUAAAAGCUUAAAUAAUGUAAUAAGAUGUAAAUCAAUGCAAUAAGAUGUUGAAACAAUAUAAUUAA